CUAACCCAUCUCGACAGCCUCGAAGGCCGGCUACUAUUCGCCGUACCGAAAAAGGGUCGCCUGAACCAAGCCGCACUGAACCUGCUCGAGGGUGCCGACAUCCAGUUCCGUCGCGAGAACCGCCUCGACCUCGCCCUCGUCAAGAACCUCCCCAUCGCCCUCGUCUUCCUCCCCGCAGCCGACAUCCCGACCUUCGUGGGCCAGGGCCGCGUCGACCUCGGCAUCACGGGUUGGGACCAGAUCCAGGAGCACGACGCCGGCGUGCGUGCGUCGGCCCUCCAGCGGGGCGUCGAGUUCACAACGGGAGGAUGCGACAUGGUCAUGGACCUCGCCUUCGGCGGCUGCAAGCUCCAGGUCCAGGUGCCCGAGAAGGGCGAGUACAGGACGGGCAAGGACCUGAUCGGCAAGACGAUUGGCACCAGCUUCGUCGGCCUCGCCACCGACUACUUUGCCAAGCUGGAGGCCGAGCAGGCCGGCGACACGGGCAGCCCUGGAAAGCGAGUGCUCAAGACCCAGAUCAUCGAACUGAGUGGUAGUGUCGAGGCUGCGUGCGCUCUUGGUGUCGCCGAGGGCAUUGUCGAUCUUGUUGAAUCCGGCGAGACGAUGCGAGCCGCAGGCCUCAAGGCCAUCGACACGGUCGUCGAGUCGACCGCGGUGCUGAUCAAGUCGCAGAACCCGUCCAACCCCGAGACCCUCGAGCUGAUCGCCUCGCGCAUCCGCGGCGUCAUCACCGCGCAGAAGUACGUCCUCUGCCAGUACAACGUCCAGCGCGCCCAGCUUGCCGAGGCUACCAAGAUCACCCCCGGCAAGCGCGCCGCGACCGUCACGGCGCUCGACGACGACGGCUGGGUGGCCGUGAGCUCCAUGGUGGAGUCCAAGAAGAUUGCGCUCGUCAUGGACGACCUGUCGCGCGUCGGCGCCCAGGACAUCCUCGUGUUGGACAUUCACAAUGCGCGG